CUGAGGUUUCCUAAUCGGAGAUGGAGAUUGAUUCCAUCGCAGCUGGAGGAGCUCUUAAACCAGAUGGAGAUCGAUUCCGUCGAGACGAAGAACCCCGCUUUUUGAUAGGUGUGGGCGAUUACAGAUGCAAAGAGGCAAGGUUUAAUCCCCUCCGCCCUUAAACCAGGAGGAGCUCUCCGGUUUAAUCCCCGGCGCCGUCCGCUUCACCUUCCCAUCACUUGCUCUGUCUCUCCAUCCUCCGAGGUGAAGAAGAAGACGUUGGUGAGGAGGAAUGACGUGAGGAAUAUAGCAAUUGUAGCUCAUGUUGAUCAUGGCAAAACUACUUUGGUUGAUUCUAUGCUUAGGCAAGCUAAGGCAAGGAGCAAAGUUAGUGUUGGAGCUAGGGCCUUGCAAAGACUGUGAGAGGUAUCAGUACAAGAGUUUCGAGCUCAACAUCGUCGUCUCGCAGGCGUGUUUAGCUGGCGUCUCUCUUCUUUGCGUUUCUCAUAACUUGAGAAAGCAUGGGAUUCGAAAGUUUCUCUUCGUUGAUCAGCUCAGUGGUCGUAUGGGACGGCUCAAGUUUCUGUAUAUUCAGCAAACUCGGUGAUUCUGUCUAUCUUUGGUUCAGAAUCUCUGUGACAGAUCAUUAGUUGCAUGAAAGUUGAAACCUGUUUUUGUUUUUCCUUAUUACAGAACUCUGUUAGAUUGCUUGUACUUUUGUCACUCCCCUGUUUUGGAUUGAAAGCUGAAACCUUUUUUAUGUUUUCCUUUAUUACAAAACUCUGUGAGAUAAGCACAUACGUUUGCGUCAUUACCUCUCUAAGAUAAGCCACAUGUUCCACAUCUUUCUGCUUCUACAGUUUCUGGUCGUCACUGAUAGCCAGUUUACCACGCUUUUCCAGACCACUGCGUAUAGCGGACGUAUCACGUAUAUAAACGGUGGUGAUUUCGCGGUCUCUGCGGUGGUCCAAGUUGUUGGGAUUAUUUUAUGUCUACACGCAGCAACGAAGAUAUCUCAUAGAGCUCAAGCGAUAGCAUCAGUUGCAAGUAAAUGGCAUGCGAUAAUGUUGUGCUCAUCUACGGAUACAACUCAGAUAAAGACUUCUCCUAGUGGAGUUCACUUGGAAGCCACCACGAAUCCACCCAUCUCCUUUCAGAAUUAGGUACGCCAUUGCUUAAUGACACCAUCUUUGAUCACUUAUUUGGAAAAAUAUUUUUGUCUACUUUGGUGUUUUUGCAUAUGUAUACAAAUGUUUUUAUUACAUUCUUUCUUAUCAUCUGAACUUCUUGUUUUUUUAUGCUGUGUUUCUACGUGUAUUUUAAAUCUAUGUUUAAAAUAUUAUGUUUAAAAAUUUAAUAAAUAAAUUUGAAGUUUAAUAAGAUAAUGUUAAAUAUUUUUUUUAAGAACCCUUAAAUAAAAAACUUGCAAUGGAUCACACAAAUAUAUCCGUCUCUUAACUAAGUUCCUUAAACCCAUUUUUCCAACUAAAAAUUAUUAAAAAAAGAUUAAAAACCUCUAAAUGAGUAUGUGGGAUAAUGAUGCUCUUAGCUUAGCUUGGUUGUCUAUAUUGUUUUGUUUAAAGAGGAAAACCCUCAGUUUUACAUGUCCGACAUCAUGUGACAUCACAGCUAUAAUCUAAAUAAAAACCAUAACACUAAAUUUUUUUAUACGUUGGUAAUAACAAUUUUGACCAACAGCCAAUUUUGAGAUAAUAAUACGAUUAUGGUCAUUGUUCAAAAUUGAUUAUAUAUGUGUAUAUAUAUAUAUUUUAUAUAUAAAGAUAGAUGGUGCAAUUACAUCAAAAUAGAUGUAGGACGAAGUGGAACAAAAAAAAUUGAAAAGGCGAAUUUUCAAACAUCCGUGAAAGUUACGAAUUUAAUGGUUCUAAAACUAAUUUUUUUUUGUCCAUUUAACAAUAUUUAACCGAAAAACUUAUAUAAGUGAGAUAAAAGAAUAUUUAGCUCAAAGGUCUGAUUAGUUGGAUUAUAAAUGCAGAAAAUUUGUUGAAAGAAUUUAGUCUGUAACUUUUAGUGAUGUAAUUGUAAGUUUUUUGAUGUAGAAAAUAUUAUAUAGCAUUUAAACUGCUGAUUUUUUAAAUAAAAAUAUAAAGUAAGGUUGUAGAUUUAAAGGGGGAGGGUCCAAUAUUAAAUUACUCGGAGACUAAUUGAUAACAAAAUUUAUAAAAAGUUGAAAGUGAAAUGAAACAUAUCUAUAGUCCAACCAAUUAAACACCAUAACUAAAAUUUAAUUAAUUUUUGUCAUUUCGCUUAUCACCUAUAUAUUUUCCAAUAACAAAAAUAAAAGAAUUUAGAUACUGAAAUUCGAAAUUCGUAAGAUAAUAACAAUGAAAUUUUUUAAAAAUAAUUAUAAUUAUAUACCUACUUAUAUUUUUAUAAUAGAUUAUACUAUUUAUAUAUUAAAUAAACAUACAUAAUAUAUAAUCAAAAUUAAAAUUUAAACAAAAAAACCGGGCAUAGCUCGGGUCGACCCUAGUAUACUAUAUUUCUAUGUCAAUACCAAUAAAGUUUAAUUUAUACCAUAUAAAUUAAAUAAAAUGAUUGUUUUGAGUUAUUUACCAAAAACGUGAUUGUAAAUUAUCAAAAAGUAUUUGUUUUGAUUUAUGUGUUUACUCUAAUGUAUAUAUUUUUAUGUAUAUAAAUUAUUUUUAAAAUUGGUGGUUUCUGAUAUCUUAUUUGAUCCUGCAAUCCCAGAAACACAUUUCUUCAAAUCGAAGUGAUUUUUAAUAUUGGAAGCAUUAUAUAUAUUAUUUCAUUCAGAUUAAAUAAUUUAGUCUUGAUUUUUAUUCCUAAAAAGAUUUUAUUAAAAUUUCAUAACAAGAUUCCAAUAAUUUCCUUUUGAGUUUGGUUGAAGAGUGAAAGAUUUGAUCAUUCGUCUAAUAUUGUUUCUCUCUAAUACUCUAUCUAGCUAAUUGUAAGAAUGAGUGAUUUGAACUAUUUAUUAUAAGUUUCUGGUUUAUCAUUUAAUAAAUCAAACAAUUCUUAAUUUAUACAUAAUUUACAUAUACUUAAAUGGUAAAGUAUUAUAUAUAUUUUUAUAUGUAUACUUUUAACUAAACCUCAAAAGCGUAGGCUAAUAAAAUAAGUAAUUUGUUUUGUUGUUCUAGAAUUAGAUGAUUUUUCGACCAAGCUGGUGAAUAUAUACUAGUCAGACAUUUAUAUUUCGAAUAUGCACUUAUAUUCUAUAACAGCUUGAUAUAUUAGACUUGAACACUAACUGUUAAUAUAAUUUGCCAGUAAUUUUCUUCAAAAUUUUGAUUCUUAGAUAUGUAUCUAGAGUGGAACUAAUAAUUUUUUACAGAUGUCCUUCUUUUUUAAUUGACACUUAUGUAGUUCACCGAAUUCAUAGAAAAAUUAAAAAAAAAAAACUAAAUUCAUAUCAAUGAAACAAAUGCGAGAAAGAAAUCACAAUUUUAUAGCGGUAGAAAAUGAAAUCAAUUAUGGAGAGUCAAUAGUAAACAAAUCAAAAGCAGAAAAUUUAAUCCUCUUUCGUCAUUAUACAAUCAAUGUUGCCUAUUUGGUUUUGGUGAUUUAUGUCAGCCGAAAAAACUUUCCUUUUGCAUAUGAAAUCUUAAAAAUAAUUAAAAUGAGAUAUAAUACGUUAACUCUUCCACAACAAUGAUACAUUUAAGAGACCAAUAUUUAUAUUCGUCAUUUUAUAAUCGAUAAAAUUUUUAGGGUUGUAAAAUGUUAAAACCAUUUAAUAAACAAAUAUUAUUAAAAAAACUAACUCCGUGCGGAUUAUCAUCUAGUAUUGCGAGAUUGUCCACUAUCCAAUGUCAUCAGCUUGGUAGUUGAGCUUCUUUGUCUACCGUGUGACACAUCCACACAAGUUCAAUACAAAAAAGAGAGGAAAGCAACUUCUAUAUAUACACGUGAGAGAAAUAAAAUUGCAAAAGAAAACAACUCCAAGUCUGGCUAAUGAUCCGAGUAGAAACUAUACGAAUCUAAUAAAAUGGAACAGUACUGAAAAGCGAAGCUUCUGUGUAUAAAAAAAAUGAUUCUCCAUCGUACUCAUCAUCCUCGUAACCUCCAGAGAGUACCGCAGACUAAGCUCCAUAUUUUUGUGUUAGAUUUGAGUUUAUUAUGGGUUUCCAACUUAAAACCAAUUGAUAAUUAGUGGAUUGGUCCUAACCUUUUAUAUAUUACUUAAUGUCCCAUAGAUUUUUCAAUGUGGGAUACAUAUCCCUUAAUACCCCUCCUCGAGAUGAUGGCUCUUAUCGGUCAGAAAUCUUGGAAACUUUUUAAGACAGUUAUACUCGGUCGAACGAGUCAAUUACGACCUAUAUACCCGGUCGGGUAGGGUUAAUAUUAAUUAGGGGUUUAACUUAUUAGGAUCUGGGCUCUGAUACCAUGUUAGUUUCGGGUUUAUUAAUGAGUGGAUUGGCCCUAACCCUUUAUAUAGUAGUAGAUUAAUUCUUAUAUUUCCGAUGUGGGAUGUUUCUCAUCAAUAUCCUCCCUCACACUCAGACAUCUAGGUCUGAAGCGUGGACGAUGUGGGCCCAACAUCGGUAUAGUAGUAGUAGGUGUAGUAAAUUAGGUCAAAGGAUCUUAUCGCUCUGAUACAAUGUUAGAUUUGGGUUUAUUAUGGGCUUCCAACUUAAAACUAAUUGGUAAUUAGUGGAUUGGCCCUAACCCUUUAUAUAUUACUUAAUGUCUCAUUGAUUUUCCAAUGUGGGAUACAUAUCCCUUAAUAUUAUGUCCAAGCAAUGCCAUAAACGUGUGGAAUGUGAGGCCUCUACAACGGAACUUUUAUUGAAUUUCAUAACACAUAAGGAAAACUGAAGGAAAGCCCACGAAUAAGAGCUGAGAAAAUUAAGUGUAUCUGCCCAGGAGCUUGUUAAAAUGUGUCUGAGAGGAAGGAGAUCUAAGAAGAAGAAGAAGAAGAAGAAAGAAGAAGAAGAAGAAAGCGUAGUAACCGGUGUUGAAAUUGGUUUGAUAAUUUUAUUGGACCAAGCCAAACCCUUUACAAAACGAAACCUAAAUAUAUAUAAACGUACAUACUGUCUUCUUCAAUUGGCAGGCGUGAUGGCUAAGUGGUCUCUUCUCUAUUUCUUGCAUUGCAAGUAAUCUAUGUAACACAAACCCUUAACUUGCUCUUGCAUGCAUUUGCAUGUGUGUAGUGAAUCAUCAACCAACUUACUUUUGGGAGUUGGGAGUUGGGAGUUGCUUCUCUAUCACGUGAAAAUAAGUUGUAAGUAACACCAUCAAUAAAAGGAAUUAAUAUUUUCAAGUCGUAAAACCUAAGCCGAGUUUUGUUGGACGAAUCAUAUCGUUUCUGAUCCAUCUUCAAUUUUGGCUAAAAGAAGAAUUAUUCUUAUAAUUUUCGUACAUGUUAGAACUUGAAAUAUACGUAUUUUAAUUCUAAUAUGUUCAGUCUAUGUAAAACAAUUUUGUUUGGAAUUUGCUUGGAGUUUUUCUUUUUCUUUUUAAGCAACCAAUCAAUACUAUUAAAAUUUAGGAAGGUAUUUAGCCCAAGGGCCAGCCCAUAGAGAGUUCAGAUACAAGAGAGUGGACUUUUAGAGCACUUGCAACGGGGCAUGACAACGAAUCCGUAAGCCCGGUCCGUUGCACUUUUUGGAUUUUUUAAUUAAUAUAAACCCAGCCCAUUUGACGGAUUGAUCCGUAAAUUGCAUCCUGACGGACCCGGUCCGUGGGCGACGUGGCGGAAAGAGAUUGGACGGAGGCGCGAUUGUGUUUGGUAUUGGCGAGAAAAAAAUCGUCAUUUCGACGAAAGCAAAGAAAAAAAAAACCUCUCAACUCUCUAGGGCGAUUGUCGGAUCCCACCUUCGCGAUUCCACUUCGUCUGAUCGUCAAGGUAAGUAGAAGCGUUUUUUUCUAUAUUAAUCGAACUAGAUUGUUUCCAUUUAUAUUCAAUAGAGGUGGAAUCGUUUCGUAUCAAAAUUAGGGUUAGAAAAAAAUCUGCGAUUUGGGGAUUUUUUUAUUUUCAAUCGAUUUGCUUUCGUUUCAAUCGAUUUUGUUUUGUUUCAAUCGAUUAUUUUCCGUUUAAAUCGGGUUUCGAUUAGUUUUCGAUCGAUUUAGGGAUUUGAAGACCCUUUUGGGUGUCGAUCGAUUUAGGGAUUUGAAAACCCUUUUGGGUCUCGAUCGAUUUAGGGAUUUGAAAACCCUUUUGGGUCUCGAUCGAUUUAGGGAUUUGAAAAUUGUCCCUUUUGGGUCUCGAUCGAUUUAGGGUUGCGGCUCUAUUUAGUGUUGAUAUGUUCGUCUUUCGUAUUGUUUUUCAAAAUCAAUGCUAAUCUUUGCUUUUUGCUUGUCUCUUUCUUUGCAGGUUAAGGAAAAUGGGAAGGUAUAGCUAUAGCCAGCCGUCCUCAUCAUCAGCGUCCAUCGACAUCACCUCACUUCUCGACGCUGAAGCUCAGUUGUACGCCGAUGAAGCUCAGAGUAGCUUCGAUAAUGGAGAGCCGUUUCAGAACCAACCUCAACCUGAGGGGGAUGAUGGCAUUCCGACGAUCUGCUACUGUGGGAGUGAGCCGGUUGUUGCUACAGCCUACACGGAAAAAGAUCCAGGCUGUAGGUAUUUCACCUGCAACAAUGUCGUUGUUGGAGCCACUCACAACUGGAAGUGGUGGGAUGACGCGGUCAUGGAGGAGAUGAGGGACUUUCAGACGGAGAUAAGACGGCUUAAGGAAGCAGUUGCAGAGAGAGAGAAGAAGCUGCUGCUGCUAGAGAAGACUGUGUACGACGCAGGAAAGGAUACCACACGAGUUAAGCUAAUGGUGUGCCUGCUAGUGGUCAUAGGUUUGGUAAUCUUGGUUCUACAUGGUAAGUUCUCGACUUAUUUGGAUUUCAUUUUCAGUUUAUGCGUUUGUAUUAAAACAUUUGACAGCCUAAUGUUACUUGUUUGCAGGAGUAGCUUCAAAGGCUUCAAUGGGGGAGUGUUCUAUCACCUGUCCAAUGGUCAAAAAAGUAAAGGUACUCUGCUUUUCUUUUCUAUCACUUGACAAUGUAUAUUCCGUAAAAAAAAAAUUCAAAUAGUAUUGUAGAUUAAUUGAAUGGUUUUUGUAGGUAGAUAAAAAACUAGGACUGUAUUAAUAAAUGCUACUGAUUUGCUUUAUAUCUUCUCAACCCGUGUGAUUUGAUUGGUUUUAAAGGUUCUACGUUUAAAUUGCUGUAGAUUAAUUGAAUGGUGUUUGGUUAAAUAGUUGUUAUAGUACAUAGGAUUUAAUUUUGCUACUGAUUUUUGCCACUGAUUUUGAAUGGUGUUUGGUUAAAUUGCUUUUAGUUUGCUUCCUAUCUUCCUAACUGCUCAGAUUUGAUAGGCUUUUAUUGUAUAAUAAAUUGGAACAUGUAUUACUUAAGGCUCUGUGUAACUACUUGAGUAACACAGAGCAUUUUUACAGCCAUGUCGGGUUAUAGACACUUGCUGUACAGUCAAAUGCCAGUAGAUCCUGAAUCACCCGAGCCUUUUUGGCUCGGGUCUCAAGCUCCUGAUGAUUCUCCUAGCGAAAUCCCUCCUGAGUGUCCUAGUCAAGUCCCUGGUCAGUCUCGUAGGCAAGUCCCUGGUCAGUCUCGUAGGCAAGUCCCUGAGGAGUCUGUUAAGACCUUUGCAGAUAGAAGGAAAUAUUCACCCAAAGAGGAUAGGAUCCUUAUUGGUGCUUGGCUUAACACCAGUAAGGACCCUCUCGUAGGCAACGAGCAGAGAGCUGUUGCUUUCUGGAAGCGUAUUGUAGACUACUACAACGCCAGCCCUCAGCUCGUUGGGGAAGUACCGCGAGAGGUUACUUCUUGUAAGCAGAGGUGGUCUAGGAUCAAUCAUGAAGUAUCCAGAUUCACUGGUUGCUACAACCAGGCGCUGAGGGAGCAGAGAAGCGGCCAAAAUGAUGAUGAUGUGAUCAAAGCUGCUUACGACAUAUUCUUCACCAAGUACGAUACCAAGUUCACACUCGAUCACUGCUGGAGAGAGCUCAGGCAUGAGCAGAAAUGGGCCUCCACUUAUAUGGCUAAGGAUGGUGGAAAGGAAAAGCGGAGGCCAGUGGUGGAUCUUGACGGACCAGAAGAAAAUGUUGUUGGAGAAGAUGAGGAUAGACCAGUCGGGGUAAAGGCUGCGAAAGGUGCCAGUAAGAAGAAGAAGAGUGGUCGAGAUGAGGAGUUGUCUAAGCUACAAGGCGUUUUGGAACUUAAGGAAAAACUGUCUAGAAAUAAACUCCUUGAUCGCUUGCUGGCCAAGAAAGAGCCAUUGUCUGAGAUCGAAACAACACUAAAAAUGAAGCUUAUGUCUGAAAUGUUAUGAUGUGUACUGUGUGUUGUUUGAGGUCACUUGCAGGAAAAGUUAGUACUUGUUGUGUGAUGUGUGUACUUGCUUAGUUGUUACAGCUAAACUAACCAUUUUUUAAACGUGUUGUUGCAGGUAGUCACGGGAGGAAAGGAGUUCUUUUGUUCCUUAGCUAAAGCGGAGUUGUCACGGGUGGAUUUAGAGUACUGAGAGCAUUUUGGCAUGUAGCUCCUGCUCAUAAGUAACGGGUUUUCCCUUCUUGUAGUACAAGUACUCGGAUAUGUAUCUCUUUCUCCUCAACAUCAAAAACCUUAUCAUCAAAACCUUUGUAAUAUUUUGGAACGAAAACCAUUGUAAUAUCUGUCUGCUACUUGCUUCUCUCAAUCCUUUGUAUCCAUCUCAUCAACAUGCUUCUCUGUACCAUAACCAUAAUCAGGUUUCGCUUCUUGUUUUUGUUUUUGUUUUCUUGUUUUUGAAAGUUAUUACCAUAACCAUUGUAAUAAUCAGGUUUCGCUACUUGCUUCUUGUUUUUGUUUCAUCAUAACCAUUUAGUAAAGUUUAGUUUUAAAAGUUGCUAGUAAACGCUGGUUUUUUAAAAGUUAUAACAAACUCCAAUUGAAUAGAUAAAAAAAAUAUAUCAGAUUCACUAAAUAGAAGAGAUUUUUCAAACUUAGAAGAAAUUAUUAUAUUUUUAACUUAUAAGAAAAAAAAAUAGAAAAGAUUCAAAAGUAGAAGAAAUCUAAAUA